UUUGCUUCUCAAGGAGGGCAGGAGUUGGAAGCGACCGUUGUGAAACGUUAAAGAUUUUCUGGCAGAGGGAAAGGGAUUUUUUUUUUCUCCCUCCCUGCCGAGGAAAAAACAGUUCUAACGAGGAGUUACUUUGUAGUUUUAACUCAUAUUCAAAUACUCCCAGCCGAGAAGCUGCCAUCGAUCCUCCCAUGGACCCCUGAUCCUGGUUUGGAGGAAAUUUUCACAGCUCUCUCUCCCUCCCUCAAACCCUGUGUGAUGAGUUUGCAGAAGAGAGUCUUCCCGAGAAGGCAGAACGGGACUCAUGAAGUGGCAGCUAAGCCCUGUCCAGUGGCCACCCGUCAGCCAAGGGCCAGAGACCAGGAAAAGAAGAAAGGCAGCUUCACUUCCUCUUUGAGGAUGGAGUCGCACAGCCACGCUGGAAAGAGCAGAAAAUCCGCAAAAUUUCGGUCCAUCUCCAGGUCCCUGAUGCUCUGUAAUGCUAAGACCAGUGAUGAUGGCUCUAGCCCUGAUGAGAAAUAUCCUGAUCCCUUUGAGAUUUCCUUGGCCCAGGGCAAGGAGGGAAUUUUCCACUCAUCUGUGCAGCUGGCAGACACAUCGGAGGCUGGGCCCAGCAGCAUUCCUGAUCUAGCACUGGCCUCUGAGGCUGCUGAACUCCAAGCAGCUGGGAAUGAUCGAGGCAAGACCUGUAGAAGGAUAUUCUUCAUGAAGGAAUCUUCCACAGCUUCCUCUCGAGAAAAGCCUGGAAAACUAGAAGCACAAAGUAGUAACUUCCUGUUUCCUAAAGCCUGCCACCAAAGGGCACGCAGCAACUCAACCAGUGUUAAUCCCUAUUGCACAAGAGAAAUUGAUUUUCCAAUGACCAAGAAAUCUGCAGCGCCCGCAGACAGGCACCCUUAUUCUCUCUGCAGUAACAGGAAGUCCCUCUCUCAACAAUUGGACUGUCCAGCAGGAAAGGCUGCGGGAACUUCGAGACCAACACGGUCCCUGAGCACAGCUCAGCUCGUGCAGCCAUCUGGGGGCCUCCAGGCUUCAGUCAUCUCCAACAUCGUGCUGAUGAAGGGCCAGGCUAAGGGUCUGGGCUUCAGCAUCGUUGGGGGAAAAGACAGCAUUUAUGGCCCCAUUGGGAUUUACGUCAAAACCAUUUUUGCAGGGGGAGCAGCAGCAGCCGAUGGAAGGCUACAGGAAGGUGAUGAAAUUCUGGAGCUCAAUGGUGAAUCAAUGGCUGGACUAACACAUCAGGAUGCUUUGCAGAAGUUCAAGCAAGCCAAAAAGGGGCUCCUCACCCUCACCGUGAGAACCCGCCUGACAGCGCCCCCUUCCCUGUGCAGCCACCUGUCUCCCCAACUGUGCCGCUCCCUGAGCUCCAGCACUUGUAUCACCAAGGACAGCAGCUCCUUCGCCUUGGAAAGCCCCUCGGCUCCCAUCAGCACUGCCAAGCCCAAUUACAGAAUCAUGGUGGAGGUUUCUCUGCAGAAAGAGGCCGGCGUGGGCCUGGGCAUCGGCCUGUGCAGCGUUCCCUACUUCCAAUGCAUCUCCGGCAUUUUCGUCCACACACUCUCACCAGGAUCCGUGGCGCACCUGGAUGGACGUCUCCGGUGUGGGGACGAGAUUGUGGAAAUCAGUGAUUCCCCUGUGCACUGCCUGACGCUCAAUGAAGUCUACACAAUCCUGAGUCACUGUGAUCCCGGUCCAGUCCCCAUCAUUGUUAGCCGACAUCCAGACCCACAGGUCUCUGAACAGCAACUCAAAGAAGCUGUGGCCCAGGCUGUGGAAAACACCAGGUUUGGAAAGGAGAGGCAUCAGUGGAGUCUGGAAGGUGUCAAAAGGCUGGAAAGCAGUUGGCACGGGCGGCCCACCUUGGAGAAGGAACGAGAGAAGAACUCAGCACCCCCGCAUCGCAGGGCUCAGAAGGUCAUGAUCCGCUCCAGCAGUGACAGCAGCUACAUGUCUGGGUCCCCAGGGGGAAGUCCUGGGAGUGGCAGUGCUGAGAAGCCGUCCUCUGACGUGGACAUCAGCACACACAGCCCCAGCCUGCCUCUGGCACGGGAGCCAGUGGUGCUUUCUAUAGCAUCCUCCAGGCUGCCCCAGGACAGCCCGCCCCUCCCAGAGAGCCGGGACAGCCACCCGCCGCUGAGACUGAAGAAACCCUUUGAGAUUUUGGUGAGAAAGCCUACGUCCUCCAAGCCCAAGCCUCCACCCAGAAAAUACUUUAAAAGUGACAGUGACCCUCAGAAGAGUCUGGAAGAGAGAGAGAACUCCUCAUGCUCUUCUGGGCACACCCCACCCACCUGUGGCCAGCCCAUAUUUCAUUUUCCCUUGGGCCUGAGACCUAGAAGUCCAGAAGGGCAAAUCAGGAGCAGCCAGCUGAGAAGCCAGUCAUUUUGCCUUCCUCCUGGAGGCCCAGAAAAGGAGGAGUGCAGUUGCCACAGCAGGUCUGUUCCAGUGACGCCCUCGGCAGAGCCACAUAGGGAAGCCAGAGAGCUGCUGCCACUGCUGCUACCACAGGAAGACACAGCAGGGAGAAGCCUUAGUGCCUCUGCCGGCUGCCCAGGACCUGGUAUCGGCCCACAGACCAAGUCCUCCACAGAGGGCGAGCCAGGGCGGAGAAGAGCCAGCCCAGUGACCCAAACAUCCCAGAUAAAACACCCACUGCUUAAGAGGCAGGCUCGGAUGGACUAUAGCUUUGAUACCACAGCCGAAGACCCUUGGGUUAGGAUUUCUGACUGCAUCAAAAACUUAUUUAGCCCCAUCAUGAGUGAGAACCAUGGCCACAUGCCUCUACAGCCCAAUGCCAGCCUGAAUGAAGAAGAUGGGACACAGGGCCAUCCAGAUGGGACCCCACCAAAGCUGGACACCGCCAAUGGCACUCCCAAAGUUUACAAGUCAGCAGACAGCAGCACUGUGAAGAAAGGUCCUCCUGUGGCUCCCAAGCCAGCCUGGUUUCGUCAAAGCUUGAAAGGUUUGAGGAAUCGUGCUUCAGACCCAAGAGGACUCCCUGAUCCUGCCUUGUCCACCCAGCCAGCACCUGCUUCCAGGGAGCACCUAGGAUCACACAUCCGGGCCUCCUCCUCCUCCUCCUCCAUCAGGCAGAGAAUCAGCUCCUUUGAAACCUUUGGCUCCUCUCAACUGCCUGACAAAGGAGCCCAGAGACUGAGCCUCCAGCCCUCCUCUGGGGAGGCAGCAAAACCUCUUGGGAAGCAUGAGGAAAGAUGGUUUUCUGGACUCUUGGGGCGAGGGGCUGCACCCACUCUUGUGCCCCAGCAGCCUGAGCAAGUACUGCCCUCCGGGUCCCCUGUAGCCUCCGAGGCCAGAGACCCAGGUGUGUCUGAGUCCCCUCCCCGAAGGGGGCAGCCCAAUCAGAAAACUCUCCCCCCUGGCCCGGACCCUCUCCUAAGGCUGCUGUCAACACAGACUGAGGAAUCUCAAGGCCCAGUGCUCAAGAUGCCAAGCCAGCGAGCACGGAGCUUCCCCCUAACGAGGUCCCAGUCCUGUGAGACGAAGCUACUUGAUGAAAAGACCAGCAAACUCUACUCUAUCAGCAGCCAAGUGUCAUCGGCUGUCAUGAAAUCCUUGCUGUGCCUUCCGUCUUCUAUCUCCUGUGCCCAGACUCCCUGCAUCCCCAAGGAAGGGGCAUCUCCAACAUCAUCAUCCAACGAAGACUCAGCUGCAAAUGGUUCUGCUGAAACAUCUGCCUUGGACACGGGGUUCUCACUCAACCUUUCAGAGCUGAGAGAAUAUACAGAGGGUCUCACGGAAGCCAAGGAAGACGAUGAUGGGGACCACAGUUCCCUUCACUCUGGUCAGUCCGUUAUCUCCCUGCUGAGCUCAGAAGAAUUAAAAAAACUCAUCGAGGAGGUGAAGGUUCUGGAUGAAGCAACAUUAAAGCAAUUAGACAGCAUCCAUGUCACCAUCUUACACAAGGAGGAAGGUGCUGGUCUUGGGUUCAGCUUGGCAGGAGGAGCAGAUCUAGAAAACAAGGUGAUUACGGUUCACAGAGUGUUUCCAAAUGGGCUGGCCUCCCAGGAAGGGACUAUUCAGAAGGGCUAUGAGGUUCUUUCCAUCAACGGCAAGUCUCUCAAGGGGACCACGCACAAUGAUGCCUUGGCCAUCCUUCGCCAAGCUCGAGAGCCCAGGCAAGCUGUGAUUGUCACAAGGAAGCUGACUCCAGAGGCCAUGCCUGACCUAAACUCCUCCACUGACUCUGCAGCCUCAGCCUCUGCAGCCAGUGAUGUUUCUGUAGAAUCUACAGCAGAGGCCACAGUCUGCACGGUGACACUGGAGAAGAUGUCUGCAGGGCUGGGCUUCAGCCUGGAAGGAGGGAAGGGCUCCCUGCACGGAGACAAGCCUCUCACCAUUAACAGGAUUUUCAAAGGAGCAGCCUCAGAACAAAGUGAGACAGUCCAGCCUGGAGAUGAAAUCUUGCAGCUGGCUGGCACUGCCAUGCAGGGCCUCACACGGUUUGAAGCCUGGAACAUCAUCAAGGCACUGCCUGAUGGACCUGUCACGAUUGUCAUCAGGAGGAAAAGCCUCCAGUCCAAGGAAACUACAGCUGCUGGAGACUCCUAGGCAGGAAAUGCUGAAGCCAAAGCCAAUAACACACAGCUCCCAUAACCGCUGAUUCUCAGGGUCUCUGCUGCCGCCCCACCCAGAUGGGGGAAAGCACAGGUGGGCUUCCCAGUGGCUGCUGCCCAGGCCCAGACCUUCUAGGACACCACCCAGCAAAAGGUUGUUCCUAAAGUAAGGGCAGAGUCACACUGGGGUAGCUGAUACAAAUUGCAGACUGUGUAAAAAGAGAGCUUAAUGAUAAUAUUGUGGUGCCACAAAUAAAAUGGAUUUAUUACAA